AUGGUUGAGGCAGAGGCGCAGAAGGCAUCAGAGGCAGCGGCGCUGCAGAAGGAGGAGGGUGCGGCGCCGAAGAUGGUUGAGGCAGAGGCGCAGAAGGCAUCAGAGGCAGCGGCGCUGCAGAAGGAGGGUGCGGCGUCGAACAUGGUUGAGGCAGAGGCGCAGAAGGAAUCAGAGGCAGCGGCGAGGGAGAAGGAUAAGGCAGCGGCGCUGCAUAUGGAGGAGGCAGACGCACAUAAGGAAGGAGAGGCUCGGAAUAAGGCAGAAGCAGCGGCGCGGCAGAAGGCGGAGGCAGAGGAGCAGAAACAGGCUGCGGAAGAGGCACUACAACUGGCUCGGGCUGAAGCGCGGAAGAAGGCUGUUGGAGAGGCGCAGAAGAAGGCGGAGGGUGUUGCGCAGAAGAUGUCAGAGGCCGAGGAGCAGAAGCAGGCUGAGGCAGACGCACGAAGGAAGCCAGAUGGAGAGGACGGUUCAGAUGGGAAUAAAAUGGCUGGAGUGGGGCACUACGAGGGAGAUGCGCUGGAAAUAGAAGAGGAGCAGAAUGAGGAGGAUACGGUACAUCCGGCAGUACGGAUAUUUUUGGGAGGAAGUCCGACGCGGGGACCAGGAACCGGGGUAGAGGGGCCAUGGAGGGUGGCAGACGAUGGGGCGCCUAGGGAUACAGUGGGUCUCAACAGGCAGAGGCGGCCCACCCUUCACCAGAGAGCAGUGGAGAGGAAUCUCGGCCAAGGCGGGGUGGCAGAAGCGUUUCGGCAGGUAGAGUGGGUCGAGGCAGAGACGGCAAUACGGCGGAUGCUGCAUCGGACGAGUACAGUCCUGGUCGAACAAGAUGACAGGUUCGUCGAGGCCGAAAGCUGGGACAUAAGCCCGGCAGAGGUAACGCGUCGUCUGACGCUCUUAGCCCGAAUGGUGACGCAGACGUUCUGCAACUUGGCGGCCCGCAACAGCAGCAUCAGUCGCGACGUGGCCGAUCUGACCGUCCAUUACUGUCGCGACGCCCUGGCCAACCUGGAAGAAGUCCGCCAUGGAAACGAGGAACGGCGGCGCCAAGCUGAAACGGCGGCCAGGUUUCGCGAGGAGGUGGACACGAGACUCUCCAACUUGCAGGAGAGUAUCGUAAGGGUGAGUGAUCAGGUUCGCCAGUCGGGAGGGGGGAUGGCGGAGGGCACGUUAAAGGGGGUGGAAGAGAGGUUGAGAGAGGUUCUGAGAGAAGAGUCUGAGCGGCGGAACAGGGAUAGACUGCAGGACGAGGAGCGGAGGCAGAAGGCCAUGAGGAAGGAAGCAGACGCCGCAGAGAGACGGAAGAAGGAACAACAGCAGGAGGAAGCGCGUCGGCAGAAGGAGAUGAGAGAGGGAAUGAAGGAGAUGAAGGAGGCGAUGAUGAAGGAGAUGAAGGCAGAAAUGAAGGAGAUGAAGGAUGGGAUGGUAAACCAGAUUGUGGGGAGGUUGAGCGCGGUUUUGCGAGAAGAAUCCGAGCGGCAGAAGAAGGAGAGGCAAGUGGACGCGGAGCGGCGACAACAGCAGGACGCGAAGAGGAAACAAGUGGCGGACGACGAGGAGAGACGCAAGAGGAUACAACUGGACGAGCAAUGGCGGAAGGAGGAGGAGGUGAAGAGGAAGGACGUAGAGGCCACAGAGCGGCGGAGGAAGAACAAACAUCAGGAGGAAGAGCGACGGCAGAAGGAGGUGGAGGCGGGAAUGAAGGAAGUGAUGGAGGCUGUGAAGGAGAUGAAGACGGGGAUUACGGGGUGGAAGGAGGGGAUGAUAAGUGAGGUGGAAAAGCGGCUGUCAAUGGUUCUGAGAUUGGACGCAGAGCGGCGGCAAAAGGAGGAGCAGGGUAGGAAGGCAACGGAGGGAGAUCGGCGACAGAAGGAGGAUGCGCAGAGGAAGGAGGCAGAGGAAGCAGAGCGGGUGGAGAGGGAGAAACAGCAAGAGAUGGCGCUCCUGCAGAAGGAGGAGGCGCAGCGGAAAGAUGCAGAGGAGGCCGAGAGGCAGGAGAGGGAGAAACAGCAGGAGAUGGCGCGCCUGCAGGAGGAGGACAGGCAGAGGAAGGAGGCAGAGGAGGUAGAGCGGCGUCAGAGGGCGAAACAGCAGGAAUUGGACCGCCUGCAGAAGGAGGAGACGCAGAAGAAGGAGGCAGAGGAGGCCGAGCGGCAGCAGCGGGCGAAACAGCAGGAGAUGGAGCGCCUGCAGAAGGAGGAAGCGCAGAAGAAGGAGGUAGAGGAGGCCGAGCGGCAGCAGAGGGCGAAACAGCAGGAGAUGGAGCGCCUGCAGAAGGAGGAAGCGCAGAAGAAGGAGGCAGAGGAGGCCGAGCGGCAGCAGAGAGCGAAACAGCAGGAGAUGGAGCGCCUGCAGAAGGAGGAAGCGCAGAAGAAGGAGGCAGAGGAGGCCGAGCGGCAGCAGAGGGCGAAACAGCAGGAGAUGGAGCGCCUGCAGAAGGAGGAAGCGCAGAAGGAGGCAGAGGAGGCGGAGCGGCAGCAGAGGGCGAAACAGCAGGAGAUGGAGCGCCUGCAGAAGGAGGAGCAGAAGAAGGAGGCAGAGGAGGCGGAGCGGCAGCAGAGGGCGAAACAGCAGGAGAUGGAGCGCCUGCAGAAGGCGGAGCAAUGCCGAGCAGAGAAGAGGGCCAGACUUGCAUCCUACGCGGAACAGCAGCGGCAACUGGAGGCAAAGGCAAAGGCGAUGGCUGAAGAGACGGAACGAUUGGCAAGGGAGAUGGAAGAGGAGGAUUUGACCAUGCAGGGGGAGGGGACCUGGACAGGAGUCGAGGAGGAUUUGACCAUGCAGGGGGAGGGGACCUGGACAGGAGUCGAGGAGGAAAUAGUUGAGGGGUUGGGGACUUUGCUGUUGAUUGAGAGCGGGGAGGCGAAUGUAGCAGAGGGCGUGCCUAGUGUUCCUGUACGGAAUGUAGAGGUGUCCAGGAGGCGGCCUAGACAAGAGGACAGGGAGCCGGAGGGUCAUGCGGCUAAGAGACGGCGUGCAGCUGGAAUACAGGAGUUGAUACCCAUAAUCCAAGGGGAAAAGAAAGGGAUGAAGAUCGACAAGUGUGACAACAGGAAAAACGCCGUAGUGGACGACAAGGGUAAGACUUUGGGUGUCUGCCUGCCGUUCAGGGGAAGCGGGUUCUCUCAACGGGGCGAGGGAGCUUUGCAGAAGUGGACGUCUGAGCAGACCGUCGGCGGCCGGAAGCGGAACCUCGGCUCUCACAAAACGGUGUGGGAGAGGGCAUACACGGUCGCAGUCUGCUGGAAGUUCUACUUCCCGGAUAUUGACAUGCAGGCAUACGGCAUGAAUCCAAACCGUAUAAACAAGUGGCGGGAAGACCUCGACUUCACAACGUGGCUUCCAACAGGGGUGUGGAGCGUCAUCAACGAACUCCACCUGGACAAACCGGACGGGUGA